GGCCCAUCGGACCGGGCUCUCUCCCGAUCAGCGCAAACAGAAGGCCGAGGUCGAGGCUCGCAAGCAGGUCCUGUAUCUCCGGAAGCGCGAGGUAGGUCGCAUUCUCCCGCGGCGGUCGGCGCCGCAUCACUGACUCCGUCCUAGGCCGUGAAUUUCAUGACAUGGAGCGAGUGCGCGCGCGAGCUGGACGACUUGGAACAGAACUACCUGUGGAAGCAGACGUUCGAAUGCGCCGACUACGACCCCGAUCUCGUACAGGAGCGAAUCCACCAGCUAAACGCCGCCCGGGAGGGCUUUGACGUCAGUCGCAUGCUCUUUCUCAUCCGCACCUCGCUGAACCGCGACCUGGGCAACAUGAGCAAUGUGUCGUUGUACCGACACGCGCACCUCGGCACGAAGCACCUGAUCGAUCGGUAUAUCAAGACUGCGCUGGCCACGAUAACCGCCCUCGUUGAGCUCACCGAUAAAAAUCACUGUGACGGGCACGAGGCGAAGUACAUCCUGGACCAACUCCUGGCGGCGAGACAGGCGUUUGGACGCAGCGCCCUGCUCUUCUCCGGCGGGGCGACCUUCGGAAUGAAUCAUAUCGGCGUGCUCAAGGCCCUCUGGCAGGCCAACUCUCUCCCCCGCAUCAUAUCGGGGGCCUCGGCAGGCAGUAUUGUGUGCGCGGUGUUCUGCACCCGCACGGACGAGGAGCUCCCGGAUCUCUUGGACUCCUAUGUGUACGGCGACUUCAAAGUGUUCGGGCAUGAAAGCGAGCAAGAAAACAUCUUCCAAAAGACGGCCCGGUUUCUGAAGUAUGGGUCGUUCCUGGAUAUCUCGCAUCUCGCCAAGGUCAUGAGGAGCUGGCUGGGCGACAUGACCUUCCAGGAAGCGUACAACCGCACGCGACGGAUCCUCAACAUCUGUGUCUCCAGUGCAGGGGUGUAUGAGUUGCCCAAGCUGUUGAAUUACAUUACCGCGCCAAACGUGAUGAUUUGGUCUGCUGUGGCCGUCUCAUGUUCCGUCCCGCUCAUCUUCUCCCCGUAUCCUCUCAUGGCCAAAGACCCCCUGUCCGGGGAGCCAGUGCCCUGGAGCGACAUCCACCGGCAGUUCAUCGACGGUUCCGUGGACGGUGAUCUGCCCAUGACUCGUCUGUCGGAGAUGUUCAACGUCAACCACUUCAUUGUGUCGCAGGUGAAUCCACACGUGGUUCCCUUCCUGCCGAAAGACGAGGGGCCCGACCAACAGUUUCAGUCGUCAUUCGCCCUCCCUAACUGGCUUCACGGCUUAUCGCACCUGGCCAUGGACGAGACCCUCUACCGGAUGACCCUGCUGUCCGAGCUGGGCAUCUUCCCGAACUCAUUGACCAAGACCGUCUCGAUCGCGACGCAGAAAUACUCUGGAGACAUCAAUAUCUAUCCGGAAAUCCGCUGGAGCAGGGUCCCCGCGAUGUUGGCAAACCCGACGACCGAUUUCAUGCUUGAGGCCUGCAUCAGCGGCGAGCGCGCAACAUGGCCUAAACUGCAUCGGAUUUACAACCACUGCGCCAUUGAACUGGCCCUCGACUCCGCCGUCCAGGAGAUGCGGGCCCGCGUCGCGUUCUACCCCAGUCGCAUCAACACGAAAUCGGACAGCGCCGCCGGCCAUGCUCUCGAAUCUGUCGACACCAGCGCGGGACGCGGGCGCACGUUGAACCGGAGAAGCUCGUACAACCAUGAAAUCGAACAGCUGACGCACGUCAAGCACACUCCUCCGGCCCCUUCGACCCAGCGCCCUCCCCCGACCAGACCGUUCCUGCAACGGUCUCGCAGUGUGUUGCUGUGCGAACAGUCCCACGGCACCGAUUCCAUGGCGUCGGUGAAACUAGACGGUGCCGUCAAGCAACGGAAGAAAAGCUACCGGAGCCCGUCGAUCAAAUCGGCCGACGGACGCGAUGACCCGGGGUCGGGAACCGACGAAGAGACCGAUAUCCCGGCGCCGCCAAUUCGCAGGAUGAGACGGCAUGUUUCCUGGGAGCCGUCGUCCGACGACCACUUCAGUUGGAUGGGGCAGGGGCAGAAGCAGAGGCAGAACGGCGGACAUGUCUAUGCGUCUCACGAGGCGUCUGCGAGGGCGGAAGGGUUCCCGUACUCGGUGCAUGGGAUGACCGAGACGCCAUCGCGCCACCUCCGGAUGACGCCCGCCGCCUAUCCUCGAUCACCUACACCUCAUCCCUUCCGUAACUGAGGACCCGCUGCGAUAACAGUGGAUAUCGAGGCAGCGACAAGCAAGAAGCCAGACGGCGCGUAUGACGAUUGGCAGACAUCGUAUAUAAUCACUUCCUUUCUGGUUCUUUUGGUAUACAUCUUGACGAACGAGCAUGAUUGACAUGACGUGGCCGAGCGGGCGUUUGGGA